AUGCCGGUCACUUUCCCUAUUGUGAAACCGGCUCAGAGGGAGGUGUUGGGAGUCGCCAUUGCUUUCUCAAUCUUGGCUGUGGUUGCGGUCUCUCUCCGGCUGUUGGCCCAUCAUCUCGCACGCAAGCCAUGGACCCCCAGUGACUAUGCCAUCAUCAUCGCUUGUAUGUUUGCAGUCGGUCUUCAAUCCAUCAGCAUCACCGGCGUCGUCCAAGCAGGUAUUGGAUACGACCACGUCAAGACCAUCGCAGCCGUCUACGGUCCGGCCCCCAUCACCAAACUUCUCACCUUGGUCAUCCCCCUACAAUUCCUCUGGGUCCUCAGUCUGAGCUGCACCAAGAUCUCCAUCUUGCUCUUGUAUCUGCGCAUCUUCCCCGUGACUUGGGUCAUCUGGGCGUCCCGAGGUACCAUGCUGGUCAUUGUGCUGUGGGCGAUCGCCACCAUCCUGGCCGGCUCGUUGAUCUGUCGUCCCUUUGCGUUUAAUUGGGAUCAGACCAUUCCCGGGGGACACUGUGGCGAUCAAGUGCAGUCCUUUACAGCGACGGGAGUGGUCAAUUUGAUCACGGAUUUUUUUGUCUUGAUCAUUCCCAUGCCUUUGUUGUAUAAGUUGCAGAUGGCCUUGUAUAAGAAGGCGACGCUGAUUAUCGUUUUUGGUCUGGGAUUUGUAACAUGCAUCAUCAGCGCCCUCCGCAUCGCCGUCCUCUCCUCCAUGAACUUUGCCGACAUCACCUACACCAUCCCCCUCGCCAACAUCUUCAGCGGCGUAGAGCCCUGUCUCGCCGUCAUCCUCGCCUCCAUCCCUCUCAUGCGUCCUCUCCUCGGCCGCUCCGCACAAACCUCCGAAGUGACCACCGCUCAUACAAAAAAACCCUCCCAGCCCUCGGCCGGAUGCGCGGGCCGUUGCGAAAACGGCUUUCUGCAAUUGGAAGACAACUCCAGUCAGUUGCAGCUGAGACCGCUGGGCACCAAGCAUCGUGUCGGGGUGCUCACGCAGGAGGCGAAUCGCUCGAGUGAGGACUCGAUGGAGACGGGGAAGUCGCGGUUCGAGGACGGUGAGGGCAAGGAAUCAAAUCAGACUCAGAGUCAGGGGAUUUCGAUCAAACAGGAGUGGGAUGUUCAACAUACGGCUAGUCCGCCGAGGUGA